CGAAUAAGGUAAACUAAUCCUAGACUUUCUCCCAAACAAUAACUUCCUUAACAAGAAAUAAUAACCAUAAAAAAAAAAUAAAAAAAAAAUAAUAAUAGAAAACAAUUAAUGGCCUUGCGGCCCACAAAAAAUGUGCACGCAUCAAAUUUUGUUUCAAAGGAGCAUAAUGUCGGGACGGGAGUGCCAGUUGCCAAGGGAACUCCCCAACUAAGCAACAUUGCUCGGAUUGCGUCGCAAGCUCGUAACCCUGCUGAAGGGGCUCUAACGAUAGUCGACGUGCCUAUUCGCGAGGCUCGUCUUGGUGAGUUAAAUGGCUCGAGGAAGACGACACCAGUACAGACUAAUGCUUGAUCAAAGGGUAAAGAUCAGGAGAACAGCACCCACCCUAAAGUGAAAGUAAGUCAGCAGCCUUCGUCUAUGAAGGGUAGUAAGGGCGGCCAACUGCCAACACAUGCGAGGCAGCCCCCUGGACCUCACAAUCAGAGUAUAUCAAAGGAGAAGGCCAGGAAUGCCAUUUUGGCGAGUUCGAAUGGGAGGGUUGUAACAUCCUCCAAGGGGUCUCAGUCGCUUUCUUAAUCGACUAGGCCGACUGUCAGGGAAGUCUCUUUCCUGUGUUCUGUUAGUGUUUUGUUCUUACCUUUUCUUUGUGUUGUUAUGAUAAACAUAUUAUUGUGGAACUGCCAAGGGGCAGGAGGAGAUAUGUUCAUUGAGUAUUUGUCUACUUUUGUAGGGGCCAACAAGCCUCAUAUGGUCAUUGUUGUGGAACCUCAAAUCAGUGGUGACGUAGCACGCAGAGUUAUCUCACGCACUGGUUUCGAUGGCGUGUUGCUGGUUGAUGCAGUGGGUUUCUCUAGAGGCAUCUAGGUGCUAUGGAGGGAGCAGGAUCUUCUUGUCACAUCUGUAUAUGAGUGGAGUCAUAUGAUUCAUAUGCGAUGUGCCAAUAGGUCAGCCUCACGAAUAGAAAUCAUGAUAUCUGCAGUCUAUGGAAGUUCGAAUGCAACUGAUCGGCGAGACCUCUGGCAGGAGAUCACGAGAUUGGCCGACUCUACGGAUUUUCCAUGGUGUUUAAUUGGAGAUUUUAAUGCGAUUCUUGGCCCGACGGAUAGAGUGGGUGGGUCUGUCUAUAACGAAGCUCGUUCAAGGCCAUUCCGGGAUUGUGUGGAUAACGCUCGACUUUUUGAUGUCCAUUUCUCAGGUCCUCAAUUUACUUGACAAAGACGUACGCUUUAUCUGCAUCUUGAUCGAGCACUAUGUAAUGGGCAGUGGCUCUUGAAGUACCCGCAGUCUAUAGUCAAACACCUAGCACGCGUAGGCUGAGAUCACCGGGCCAUCGUCCUCCAAGCAGUGCCCCUGAUUCGCCCUGAAAGGGAAAGCCCAUUUAGAUUCAUUGCAGCGUGGAUUGGCCAUGAAGAUUUUCCUCGGGUGCUUGAUGAGGCUCUGAGUAAGUCCACCGAACUGCCCCAGCAGCUAUCGGGUCUCACAGAGGAACUAAAAGGAUGGAACAGAGAGGUGUUUGGGCACAUACACCAAAGAAAACGGAGAUUAGCUGCUCACAUGCGGAGGGUGGAAAUGAGAAAUGAACGAGGAGCUUCGAACGAAGACAUUGAUGAGGAACAUAAGUUGCGGGCAGACCUGGAAGACACACUUUGGCAGGAGCAUCUGCUAUGGGUCCAGAAGUCACGCGGCUCAUGGGUGGUGGGAGGUGACCGAAAUACUAGAUAUUUCCACCCGUGUACGCUUAAACGCAGAAGAUUCAAUAGGGUGACGUCUUUAAGGGAAGAGGGUGGCGAGUUAAUCGACGAUGCAUAUUUUUUAAAAGCCCACGUUCGGGAUUUCUAUGCGGCUCUUUUCACUGAUGAGUUUGGCGCUGCUCCUCAACUUCCAGCCAUGUUUGAAGCAAUUGGUGUGGAGCUUCACCCCUCUCUUUGGCUGACCUCUCCCGUGAUGAGUUGUGGAGAGCUCUCCAGGAGAUGGGAGGCCUGAAAGCCCCGGGGUGUGAUGGCUACCCGACAAAUUUUUCCAACAGUCCUGGGGUAAAAUGGCAGAAACCUUCUCGACAUAUGUUGGCGAUUGUUUCAGGAACCCGAGACAGAUCACUUUGAUUAAUAAGACGCUUCUAGUCCU